GUGACAGCACCAAGAUGCAAGGCAUAACAUAGUACGAACAAGAUAUACGAUGACAAAUAUUAUCCACCCGGCACUAUGUCAUAAAUCUUCUUGCUAUGACUAAUAUCACGUCGGAGCUUGAAGAUUUCAAAUGCAAACUCCUCACUGGGCCCAGCUGCUCGGACGACUUAAUACCAGGUCUCGAAUGUUCGGAGAACGUAACUUUCCUCUACAACUGCGAGCUAAACUUGGAUGUUCAGAAUGAAACUUCCUAUACCUGCGUCAAAUGUUCCAUGGGUAAUAACAGCGACGCAACUUCAUGCGAUUUUAGGCUCAAUUUGAUGACAGUUGUCUAUGAAAAUGCCCUAAAGAACGUGUGGCUGAAACUACCUGAUUACCUAUGUGAUUGGAACGAUUUGGUAUGUUUCCAUGAUUCGCUGAGGACGUAUCGUGUUACAAAUGACAGUUUGAGUGUUUUAGAAAGUUUUCAGUGUAAGUGGAAUUAUGGUAAUGUGACGGAAGAUGUCGAUUUAGGGGCGCGAUAUGAAUGGACAUUUUUGUUCGUGAUUUUGUUUAUAGUGGCGGGUGGGCUGGGCAAUAUUCUUGUAUGUUUGGCUGUGUGCCUCGAUAAGAGAUUGCAAAAUGUUACCAACUACUUUCUGUUGUCUUUGGCAAUAGCGGACUUGUUGGUUAGUUUGUUUGUGAUGCCAAUGGGUGCGAUACCAGGGUUUUUAGGUUAUUGGCCGCUAGGCGUUGUCUGGUGCAAUGUUUAUGUGACGUGUGACGUGCUCGCCUGUUCAGCUAGUAUUAUGCACAUGUGCUUCAUCAGUAUUGGCAGGUAUCUGGGCAUCAGAAAUCCGUUGAAGAGUCGACAUCAUUCAACAAAACGAGUGGUUGUCAUUAAGAUUGCUCUCGUCUGGCUUCUAAGUAUGAUUGUUUCGAGCUCCAUUACUGUACUAGGCCUGAUCAACAAGCAGAACAUAAUGCCAACUCCAGAGCUAUGCGUCAUCAAUAACCGAUUCUUCUGGGUCUUCGGCUCACUGGUGGCGUUUUAUAUACCAAUGCUGAUGAUGGUGGUGUCGUUUGCACUCACUGUACAACUACUCAAGAGACAGGCAAUAUUGGCUGCAACUCCAGUGCCAGGUGGUGCACAGAGAAGGCAAUGUGGAGCUUUUGACAAUGGACCAACGCAGGCUGUACGGCGUAUAAACGCGAGAAGUUCUCCUGAUCUGUCACUGGCAGCUGUCUCCAGACAUAUGACCUGGCGUGUUACUACCGUAUCCAGUCGCUCCCAAAGGAACAAAAUAGGCAUGAGUGUUUCUCACCCUCAGUUGAGUUAUAUGAACGGGUGUAAUGGAAACGGGACCGGCUCUAGUACAAGAAAAGGGAGAGAUGUAGCGACACAAACGCCGGCGAGCAUUUCAGCAGAGACUCGACGCGCUAAGUUGAAGCCUCUGAAGAUUUCAUUGGCUGCACCCAACGCUUUGAGUUUAAGGUUUCUGACAAAUCGCAAGAAAGGCCGAUCGCUAUCAGCCAACGCUGUAGCUAACGAACAAAAAGCUACGAAGGUUCUUGGCUUAGUUUUCUUCACCUUCGUCUUAUGUUGGGCCCCUUUCUUCUUACUUAAUAUUCUGUUCGCAUCCUGCCCUGCCUGUAUCGUGCCAGAACACGUGGUAGAUAUUUGUCUAUGGCUUGGCUAUGUAUCUUCUACGAUCAAUCCUAUUAUCUAUACAAUCUUCAAUAGAACCUUUAGAGCGGCAUUUUUGAGGCUUCUACGCUGUCACUGUAGUAGACGGGGUCGUUGCACUCUCUACCGAGCGGUUGGAUCUACACGUGGUGCAUCGCAACUCUGUGCCAGGUCGGCGUUACCACUUGCUAUAUCAUUGCGACCAGCCGCCAUGCCCACUACCCAAUCACAGGAUACCACCGAAACAGUUCUUAUUGAACCACGGUUAGAUUUUAAUGUUAGAUAUUAAAUACCGUGAUUUUUUAAAAACUGGGUCUAUAAUAAUUGUGAUCAUACAAAAUAUAAAUAUUAUGUUUACGCUAAUAAAAACAGUGUUAAACAGGGCCUGAUGAAGUAUCUAUGAAUAUGGUAAUUUUUAGCCGAUAUAAACUUGUAUUUGUAUGUAAAUAUAUAUUUUUAUUUAUGUUUGAAAUGAUCGGAAGAGGACAUAAAAAGAGACACUUCAAGGCAAAAUAUGGCUUUUUUGUUCUAUUUAUUUUGCCCUCGUUUUCAUAUCCUUAGACUUAGCAUACUUUACAAUAUGAGUUAAAUAAGUUCAAUCUGGAGGUUGAGAAAAAUUCCCUUAGCUAAUAUUUAUUUAUUUCCAAAUUAUUCUAUAUUUACAGUCAAGAGAUAAUCCAAUGAAACACCUGGAUAAUUAUUUAAUUAAACAAUACAAAUACUAAAAAUGUCUUAAACCUCCUACUUAUAUGUAUGGACUUCAUAAAUUGUCCCAGGCAACCAUUCGAAUCGCAAGAUUACACUCAUCAUACUAACUUUCGUAAGUAACAUGUGUGAUGGUACGACUUAUAAAUGAUAAGUCUAAUUUGCCAAAACUGACUCCAGAAUGUCAUUGUUUUGUCCCACAUGCCAGAUAUUUGCCUAAAUUACGUUAUGAUUCAAAAUUUUGUGUGAAACUCGAACCCAAUAUCUAUAGGUUCAGUUCUAUAGGUAAUAAUUUGUACUUUGUAUUGUACUAUGCAAUAAUGUAAAUAUGAUUUAUUUUAGUAUUCGUCAUAUUUAGAUGUAAAAUUGAUAUUAGUAUGCGUUGUGAUGUUAGUUAUUUCAAUAAUAUUUGUAGAAUGUUUAAC